AUGACCUCUCUCGCUUUUGGGGUGCGCUUCGCUCAUUGCCUGUUGCAGACUCUUCAUCGUACAUGGCAUCAGCUGGAGAGUUUUGCUGCGAGCUUUUGUGCACUUAAUUUUAUCGGUGGUGUUAGAUCCUUUUUCUUCCUCGGAGUCAUUGCGGGAGGUCCUGCAGCUGUAUGGUCCUCGUACAUAAUCACGAUGAUCUUUAUGUUCAUCACGGCAGCUGUCCUCGCUGAGAUUUGCUCUGCUCUUCCGCUCAGCGGCUCCAUCUACAUCUGGGCCGCCGAAGCAGCCGGACCAAAAUAUGCCCGUUUCGUCGCCUUCGUAGUGUCAUUCUGGGCCGCUUCCGCAUGGAUGACCUUUGCUGCCGGGAAUUGCCAAACUACGGCCAAUUUUCUAUUGUCAUUGCUCACUGUGUUCGAGAUCAACUAUCCUGGAGGCAUCGACCCGACCAACAUCAAAUGGAGGGCCUUGGUUUGGGCUGUAUCAGAGGCAUUCUUCCUAUUGGCUAUCUCGAUGAACUUCCUUCCUCCUCGCUGGUACUCCCGCGUGUUCAAGUUUAGCCUGGGACUAAUGGCAGUCGAUUUUUUGCUGAACAUGAUUUGGCUUCCGAUUGGAGUGGUCAAGACAUAUGGGUUCCGUUCUGCACACGACGCCUUUCUUACGACGUAUAACGGGACCGGAGCCCCGCCUGCAUGGAAUUGGAUUCUCUCCUUCCUCUUCACCGCUGGAACACUCACGGGCUUCGACGCGUCCGGCCAUAUAGCCGAAGAGACCAAAAAUGCCAGCAUUGUCGCUGCAAGAGGGAUCCUCAGCAGUGCAUUUGCUACGGGUUUCUUCAGUUUUGCAACAAUCAUCCUCUACUUGUUUUGCACUCCUCCGAUUGAGAAGUGGUUUGAGUUUUAUGCGCCUCAGCCUUUUGUUCAGGUUUAUGUGCUAGCGUUGGGGAAGGGUGGUGGAGUGGUCAUGACGAUUAUCGCGGUGUUGGGACUCAUUAUAAACACGAGCAUAGCCAUUGUAGCCGCCUCCCGACUCAUCUUCGCCAUUGCCAGGGACGGUGUCCUCCCAGGAUCGUGGUGGGUAGGGCGCGUCACACCAGAGGGUCAACCCCGAAAUGCUGUCAUUGUUAUGUUUGUCUUUGGAGCCGUGUUGCUCUGUACCAUUCUCCCCAGUAACGUUGCGUUUACUUCGCUCGUCUCCGCGGGGGCCGUACCCACUAUCGCGGCGUAUGGGCUUAUUUCUCUCUUGAGACUAACGCAGACGAGAAACCAUUUCAAAUCGACUAAGUUCAAUUUGGGAAGGUUGAAGGUUCCAUUUUAUCUGUCCGCAGUUCUGUUCAAUGCUCUAGUUGUUGCAGUCAUGGUUUCGCCUUUCGUAUUUCCCGUCACGGCCCAAAACCUCAACUAUGCUGGGGUGAUCUUUGGCGUUGUCACCGUGAUGGCUAUUGCUUCUUGGUGGUUUACGCCUAGCGACCGCUGGCUUCGCUAUGAGCAUGUCAAAGAAAUCUGGGAUACGACGGACCAACCUGGUGGCAUCGACCAGACCGUCGAAGCGGCCACGCAAGCUACUGAGGAUCGUAAGCCUCAAUUUAUUUGA